AUGGUCAAAAUCACUGGGUUCACUACGCGGGAUGUGAGGUUUCCAACCUCCCUCGACAAAACUGGCUCUGAUGCCAUGAAUGCAGCAGGCGACUAUUCUUCUGCCUACUGCAUUAUCCACACUGACUCCGAUUACAGCGGACAUGGCAUGACAUUCACCAUCGGCCGCGGCAAUGAGAUUGUCUGCGCCGCCAUCUCCCUCCUAACACCACUCGUAGUGGGAAAGGAUUUGGAUGAGUUGACCGCCGACUGGGGUAAGACCUGGCGCUACCUUGUAUCGGAUAGUCAACUCCGCUGGAUCGGCCCAGAGAAGGGUGUUAUCCACCUAGCUUUGGGCGCACUUGUCAAUGCACUCUGGGAUCUGUGGGCCAAAACCCUCGGAAAACCAGUCUGGCGUAUCGUUGCAGAUAUGAGCCCGGAGGAAUUCGUUCGCUGCAUCGACUUUCGCUAUAUCACAGAUGCGCUCACGCCCGAGGAGGCUCUAAGUUUGCUUAAGGAAGUCGAAGCUGGAAAGCAGGAGCGUAUUCGUGAAGCUGAAGCUAGUCAGGCUGUUCCUGCUUAUACUACUAGUGCGGGGUGGCUGGGAUACUCAGAGGAGAAGUUGAAGUCACUACUGCGGGAUACUGUCGCACAAGGGUAUAGACACUUCAAGCUGAAGGUUGGUGGUAAUCUCGAGGAUGAUAAGCGACGUUUGAGGAUUGCCCGGGAGGCUAUCGGUUACGACAAAGGAAACAUUCUCAUGGUGGAUGCGAACCAGAUUUGGUCUGUUCCGGAGGCUAUCACAUGGAUGCAGGAGCUUGCUGAAUUCAAGCCAUGGUUUAUUGAGGAACCCACAUCUCCUGAUGAUAUCCUCGGCCACGCGGCUAUUAAGAAAGCCCUGGAGAAUACACCACAUGGCACCAUUGGCGUUGCCACAGGUGAGAUGUGCCAGAACCGAGUUAUCUUCAAGCAGCUGCUCCAAGCCGGUGCAUUGACUGUGCUCCAGCCCGAUGCGUGUCGUGUCGGUGGUGUGAACGAGGUAUUGGCCAUUCUGCUGCUGGCUCGCAAGUUUGGUGUGCCGAUUGUGCCGCACUCGGGUGGUGUUGGAUUACCCGAGUACACGCAGCACCUCAGUACAAUCGAUUAUGUGGUAGUGAGUGGGAAGAGAAGCGUGCUCGAGUAUGUGGAUCAUCUACAUGAGCACUUUGUUCAUCCAUCUAGUGUGAAGGAUGGCUACUAUGUCACUCCCAUGGAGCCCGGCUACAGUGUUGAGAUGAAGCCCGAAAGCAUGGAUGAGUUUUCGUUCCCCGGCGAAGAAGGGAAAAGUUGGUGGCGCUCAGAAGAGGCAAGGACAAUCUUGGACGGGCCUCGGAUUGUCUAA